AUGGCAAAAUUCCAGCUGCUCAUUGUUUUUGAUCACCUUAAAAUUAAUGUUCGUGUUUCUAUAACGGAAGGUUCGCAUAAUACAGAAGAGGCGAUAAAUCGACAACUUGCCGAUAAAGAGAGAGUUGCAGCUGCCAUGGAGAACUCAAAUCUGAUGCAUGCAGUAAAUCAAUGUUUAGCUUUACCGGAAUAUUUCAAUACAAUGAAUAAACUGUGGCUACCUACUGCUUCUAAUCACCGUCUUUUCGCAUCUAAAGCAAAAGCAAAUACGACGAAAUAUCUGCGGAGACAAAUGACGGACGAAUUUGCUGUAAAGGCUCGUGAGCAUUCUUACAGAGCCAGAUCAGCGUUCAAACUAAUCGAAAUCGACGAUCGAUUCCAGAUUUUGAAACCUGGCAUGACGAUAGUGGAUGUUGGCUGUGCUCCUGGUUCUUGGAGUCAAGUUGUUGUAGAAAGAUGUAAACUUAAUGAAAAGCCCACCACUGGUUAUCUGCUUGGCGUGGACCUGCAG